AAACACCCGGUUCUCUCUCAAUUGACAGUACGCACUACAACACAUCACUACGAUUCUGUGUCCCUUCACGAGAAAUGUCCGACCACGACGUCCCUGCGUUUGACGUCUACUUCAUCUUCCAGAAACAGGAGCUGAAGCUUGUCUUCAACUCGACAACCCAUGCAAAUGCAUACCAAUCAUCAAACCGCGAGGGCCGCAUCUUCGCCGCCGAGCCCACCGCCGUCUACCUCCCUCACUCCUCCACCAUGACCUAUCUCCGCGACAGCAGCAGUGGCCUGGUCAUUGGUUUCGCGACCCCCGAAGACGCAGAGACAUGGUGUCGCACCUCUAUCCUAGGCCAUCUCUACUCGUCAGAACCGUCACCCGAAGUCCGCAUCAGACGUACCUGGACGGACGAGGAGCUGGAUGAGGUGCUUCGCGUCCAACCCGCCACGAAUGUCUUCCGAAAAAGCGUCCCUUUCACUCUACGCCCUGCCAUGCCACCGAGCAUCACUCCUCCCGCAAGCAAUCCCUCUUCCUCUUCCUCUACCUCUACCUCGAGAGCCCCGAGCGGUCAGUUUGCACCACCUCCGUGGGCGCAGGUCUCGCUGAACCUGGAUCCCGAAACUCCGCCCGCUACAACGUUGACCCCGCCGGCUCAGUAUCAACCGCCAAGCACAUACUCGCCAGUGUCUGAUCAGCCAGCGAGGGGGAGUAUCAUAGCAUACCCCGGUCCACAGACACCACGUUCACAUUCAUAUUCCGCUCCCUCAGAGUCAGGGAACGGGUCCGCGCAACUUGUCGGACAAAGGAAGCCGGUUCCGCAGAUUGACGAGCUGGGAGUAGCUCCUCUCCGACCGACUCAUAUUUCACCGCGAACGUCGAGUACAAGUCUUCAUCGUGUAUCAGUUCAGUAAAUUAUCGGGAAGGGAAAACAAAUGGGGCAAUUUACAUAGCGAUGGCGUUAUUGUUGACGGAAUUGCACUCUGGCUUGGAUUUCUUUGAUUCUUGUGAUAUAAUAAAACAGUUAAGAAGGAGAAUAAUAUUGUCAAUAGACCCGGCCUAAUCGGCAUUCAUGGUAG